AAUGUUCAGCCCUCACGACGGCCCGUGGCCUCUGGAUUGGACGGCGCGGGCUGGGUGUGCGCGGGGCGCCCAAUCGCUCCGGAGCGUCUGGAGAGGGCAGGUGCAGGUGCGGGCGGCGCGGGCUCAGGGGCUGCUGGAGGCCCAGAAGGCUCGGACGCGGUGCAGGAAGCUGCUGACCACGCUGGCUUCUGAUCGCAGGCGCCCACAGCGCGGACAUGGCGGGCUGGUGGCCGGCAUUGUCGCGCGCGGCCCGGCGCCACCCGUGGCCCACCAACGUGCUGCUCUACGGCUCGCUCUACUCGGCCGGGGACGCGCUGCAGCAGCGACUGCAGGGCUGCGAGGCCGACUGGCGCCAGACGCGGCGCGUAGCCACGUUGGCGGUGACCUUCCACGCCAACUUCAACUACGUGUGGCUGGGCCUGCUGGAGCGCGCGCUCCCCGGCCGCGCGCCGCGCGCCGUGCUGGCCAAGUUGCUCUGCGACCAGGUGGUCGGUGCACCCAUCGCGGUCUCGGCCUUCUACACCGCGAAUUGUAAGGAGGAGCAGCAUGAAAUCGAGGCGCAUAAGUACUCCUAG